AUUGGUGCGACGGGUGAGAGAGAGAAACGUCAAGUGGGUCGAUAUUUCGCGGUUUUUCUCCCCCCAUCCCCACCUCCGACAUUAUUAUUUAACGUUAACAAAAAUACUAUGGCUAAGGUUCGAGACUGGAUCCUCCGUAUUCGGUGUCAAAGGAUUGCAAAGAUGGAAUAAGUUGUAGAAAUUGCUGCUGUUUACGUGUCUGAAGUGACGGCAAAUAUUUUGAUGUCGUAUUUCAUGUAUGGAGGACCAGAAGAGCCGAAAAUUCAAAUUCAGGUGUUUUACAUGGAGGAGAGUAAUAUAUAUCUAAAUACAGGUAUGUCAGCCUCAGGACAAGCCCCUCCAAUGGCGGGGUCUGCAUUAGUCCCACCUUUAUCACAACAGCAAAUGCAUGGUCAGGCAGGUCAGACCAAUCAGCAACAAAACACUCAACAAUCCAACAUGCUGCCCCAGUCAGGUGGUGGAAUGUUAUCCCAGGGAGGAAGCAGUCAGUUACCAAGUCAUGUCGCACGAAGCCAACAAGGUGGUCAGCUCCCUAAAGAGGUGAAUAGUGUUUCCUUGCGUCGACUCGGUCAAGAGAUUGUACAUGACACAGUACAAAGAGCUGCAGAUAUCUUCGGGAGUCUGAAAACCAUAUCAUUGCCUAAUGGUGCUUCUUAUAAUGUACAACAAUACCAAAAGAAGAAAAAUAAACUUGAUGAUCAAAUGAGGAUUUUGAAUUUAGGUUUCCGCAAACUAUGCAUCAUCUCUGAAAAAGUAGAAGAAAGCACUGGUCCGAGAGAAGCAAUGUUUUCUUCUGAAAAUCUUAUACCAAUUUGUAACAAGGAAUAUAACACUGAAUUCCUUCGAGAUGCUGAAAAACAUAACCUUUACCAAAUUGUUUCUGAAGAACACAGAGACAUGGUUGAACGAAUACAAUUGAAAAGCUGUCAACUGAAGGAAGUUAUUGAUCACAUCUGAACAAUAAUUUGGGAGAUCAAUACAAUUGAUCACUAUGAGAAAAACUGACUGAUUGAUUGAUUUUCUAUGAAUCAUCCUGAAGAAAACUUCCAUUGGUCCCCUGAAAGGUUAUAUGUACCAUGCUGGACAGCUGAACUUCAGUUUGCACUGGACUUGGUCAACAUUCCACCAUUCCUGAUCAAAACUGACAAUAUAAGAAUUUACUCCAGAUGUGCUGCAUUUUCUAAUGCGCACAGUCCGCCUAAGCCAGUUUCCUUUAUCUAGAAUAUAAAUCUGAAGUUGUUGCAACAACAAAGAAUAUUUACUUUGUGUCCAACAAUAGGAUAUUUAAUUCUUAUAAUAAAAAUCUUUGUAAAUAUCACCAAAUAUAUUUGCCAUUAAAGUUUACUUUUUUAAACUUUA